AUGUCCGCACAGAUAUGGCCACCCAUAUCCCAAGACGAAUUGAAUGAGAAGGUUGAGGAGACUCUGACAGCGGAGCUCACCUGGCUUCUCUCCAUCGUCCAAGAAACCCUUCCAUCCCUCAAGGCAGGCCUACAGGAAUGUCUCUCCCUUCUUUCUUUGGAUAAUCCGGCGUCCACCCUCCCCCUGACCUCUCAUCGAUCCGAGAGCGUCAAAGGCAUCGUCACCCGCGUAGGGACGCGCAUUACAAAGGGUGACAUUGCCCUGCGGCUUCCCACGCUUCCUCCGCCUCGAGGCUCUCCUUCUUUCCCACUUCACAUAUCAUAUCCGCUUGUCUUGCCGCAGCUUGCCCACUUGCUGGCCCUUCUCAACACGACUCUCGAUAUAAUUGACAUAGCUCUUUACACCGGUGAUCCCAAUAAUGGUCCCUUCGUCUCUUCUCAGCUGAAGCUGCUGUCCGAUACCAUUGAUGAAGCGCGCCAGGCCUUGAAAGGUGGAGAAGAUAUUCCAGGUUGCCAAUGGAAUGCGGUAGACCCCUCUGCUUCUGAGAUCCAAGAAACAUUCGGCCCUGAUUUACCACCAACACUUGCCCCUCAUCUAUCUAUUUCCGACUCAUCCCUUGCCCUCACCAUUCGAACCCUCGUGCCUGCAGGAAGUGGUCAGGAUGCUCUGUCACUUACAGGCUUAUCUCUGAGGACUAGAUUGGGGCUCGCGCAAAGACCCCAGGUUCAUGAUGAGUUGGAUCAGGUGUUCGAAUGGAGAGGAGAGAAGGUCAACGUGAAGGAGAAAGUCAAAGUAGAAAGUCAAGAUCCUAGUCUGAUGGCUGUAGGGGCCAAAUUGAGUGCGCUAGGACAUAGCGUGAAGAGUUGGAGGUUGAAGGUCGCAGUUGUGAUGGGGGAGGACGUCGACUUGUAG